CUCGCUUCUCUAUUUCGACGUUCGGCAGACAAUGCGGCGGGCAAAAAUGUUUGCGAAAUCGGUUGGCGACCUCGUAUAACCGGUGCCGCGAUAAAUUAUGAACAGUUCGUUCGACUCGUCGUUCGGCAAAUCUGCGGCUGGAAGGGGAAACGCGGCGAGUCGCAAUUUCAGAAAAUUUAAGUGAUAAUGCAUUUAGCAGAAGCAACGUCGUGUGCACAAAUUCUGUAGACUCGGACAGAUUAUGCAAUUGUAAACAGUACUAAUACGAAGCAUUAGUGACCAGAACAUUGAACAACAAUAUCGUGGAAGUGAAAACGUGCGAUUCUGCGGCGUUCUUCCUUGCAGACACAGAAAUGCACAGAGUACAGAGGUUAAAUCCCCGCAAGAAACUUCUCCAAGGUGAAAUUAUCGAGGAGAGUAAAAAAACGUUAAUCGUCCGAAUACCAGUUGACGCGAUGUUGAAAUGAGAAUAAAAGGAAAAGAAGAAAGCAAAGACGUAUGUAAAUGUCGUCGGAUCGGCGUUUCGGUUACCUGGCGGAAGUCUACCGAGCGAACUGGUUUUCCCUGUGAAUUCCAGACGCUUAGUAUUCGGAAAAAUGAAGCAGAAGACGUCAAUGUGAACGGGACAACUCCGACCGCGAAUACUUGUUCAGAGAACAAGUCGUGUUUCUGAGGGUUCGUUCGACAAAAUCACAAUUUCGGAAAAUUCACGAGUUCGCAUUUAAUCCCAACUGAAUCCACAAUGAAUUCCCGCGGUACUAUUUCGUCAGACGUCAUCCACGCUAACGCGAAACCUGUUAUCGCAGUUAGGAAUAGGGUUAGAGGCGAACGAUUAUUCAUCAAUUAGGCUAUCAAUCAUGCCGUGUCCUCGCUUCGAUUACGUAUAGUUUAAUGUCUGGUUAUCGCGAUUUGAUCGAACGAUCCUCUCGUCGUCCUUACAAGAUUACGAAUUUUACGCGCGACGCGAUGUUGCGGUCGCACUGCGCCGAACCGGCAUUUUUACAACGCCAGAUCUGGCACGCUGAUAUUAUCCACUCGAAAAUUGAUUUCACGUCAUAGAACGUUCGAGAAGAGCAAACACGUUGCACGCAGUAGCGUGAAACCGCGAAAAUGUGACACGCAGAGACAGGUAAACCGGUAAGCGGAUAAAAUUCGCAGUUGAAUAAUUCUGCGCGAAGAAUUUCAAGACUCAAAAUAAUGUGAACGUUUGCAAAAAAAAGAUUCGACUGCAAUACCCGUUCCGCCGUAUUUCAUACGAUAAAUUAUUUAACGAACGCAGGAACAGCUCCGAAGAAGAUAUUCGAAUGACAUGUACUUAAAAUACUUAGCGAAUGCAGGAACAGCAACCUGGCCAGAAGCGGAGAUAUUUUAACGACUUCUGCAUAGACGAAUUAAAAACCGGCGGGAAUUGUGUCAACGACGACGUCCAUCGAAAACUGGGAUGCGGUUGUUAGCAUAACGGCGGACGCGCCGUUAACGACGCCCGAAUACAGGUACACGCACGUCGAUCGCUUUCUCCUUGCCGAUUUAAUUCGAAACCGUCGGAUUAAGCAACGAGCGACUAUGGAUCAGCGGGCGAGAUUCGGCCGAUCCACGUGCUGCGCGUUCAUCCUCGACCGCGGGCAGUCUCAAGGCGAUCCACGGCAGUGAUCUUUGUUUGACGAUAAAACGCGGAUGUCUCGAGGAUAUGAGGCCGGUCCCGGGGCAUCCAGUCCGGGAGACAACGAAGCUGAGCCAUCCAGCUCCGCCGGAUUUCCCAUUCUUUGAGUGCGUGGCCUUCGAGCGGCACGAGCACAACCGCAACGGGAAAAGGAUCAACGUAACGAGCAAAAACGUCGAGCCGACGAUAAAAAUCGAGAGAGAACUGCAAACCUGUUCGACGGUGUUCCUUAUCCACCCCCACCCGGUCACUUGUUUUAGAUAAGCGCCGGCAAGAAUAUAUACUUCUUCGUAGAUCGUCGAGUGAAAUUGUGCAUUCCGGCCGCGUACUUCUCCCUCGUCGUCUUCGUUCGAUCAGUGCUCGGGGAAAAAAAUAAUGUCGACGAUACGAUCCGCGACGGCGUUCCUCGCCGUUCUGUUCCUCGCCAAUUUGGUCCGCUGUGACUUGGAUUUGCAGAUGCUCCACGUGGUAUUCCGACAUGGUGACAAAGUGCCGCAUCGGGAGUUUCAAAAUUAUCCCAGUGAUCCUUACAAGGACUAUUCGUACUAUCCCAUGGGCAACGGGGACCUGACGAACCAAGGUAAGCUGCGCGAGUACAGGAUAGGCACAAUGCUCCGUGAGCGUUACGAUCAAUAUUUCGGGCCAGAUUAUUGGCCGGAGAAGAUCUACGCCCGAUCAACGGAGGUACCAAGGACUCAAUUGUCUCUACAGCUAGUUCUGGCUGGAUUAUUCCCGCCCUCGGAGAUGCAGACCUGGAAUCCCCAUCUACCCUGGAUUCCGGCGUCCACGUUCUUCGUGCCCCAUGAUACUGACAAUCUCCUAUUCCCGCAUCACUGUCCCAGGUACAGGGAAGAAUACGGCAAGUUCCUGAAACUGCAGAGCACGCAGGACAUACUCGGGAAAUACAGUAGCGUGUUCAAUUAUCUAACCCAACGCAGCGGGAAAGUGGUGAACACCACGUCCGAAGUGACUUAUCUGUACAACUUGUUCAAGGAGCAGAUCGCCCAGAAUCUGAGCAUCCCAGAAUGGACCAAUACAGUCUAUCCAACUCCGAUGAAAGAGUUAGUGGCGUUGGACUUCAAACUCAGGUCGUCCACGCCGACGCUGAAACGUUUGAACGGAGGCAUGCUGUUACGAAAAAUGGUCGAGGACAUUAAAUUGUACAUGGCGGGCAAAUUAGAGCCGUACGAUAGAAAAGCUUUCCUCUUUGGAGCCCACGAAAUGAACGUGGCUGCUGUCGCAAGAGCUUUAGGGUUGAAUGAACCUGUCAUACCUGCGUACGGGUCUACAAUGAUUUUGGAGACGCUGCGCGACAGGAAGAAAAGUUACUUCAUUCGUGUUCUAUACUGGACCGGAGUUUCGGAGCAACUGAAAAUUCAGACGAUGCCUGGUUGCACGGAACUUUGCCCAUUGGAUCAGUUCCUCGACAUAGUGAAAGACGUGCUGCCAAGCGACGAAGAGUACAAUUGCAGCCCCAUCGAAAUAAUCGAUAACACGGGCAAAAUAGAAAAAGAGCCUAGGUGUUCCUCGGCAGCGAACGCGGCCCAAUCGUUCGGCAGACCAUGGUUCUAUCUAUUGCCACUUGCUCCAUUUGUGCUCCUCUCCGUGCACAGCAUCAACCGUUGAUUCUCGCUAUGAUCCAAAAACGAUUGUAACACCGCUGGUUCCGUUUUCAAAUCUGGAACAUUCCCUGGCAUCAUCGCGAUCUCAGUGGAUUUUUAGUGUUAGGUUUCUAUCCAUCCGGAUGGAUGCACAAAUAGAUUUAUUUUUUCGUUCGAUGCAGUACCAGAACAAAGGAAAAAGGAAUACUCGUAGGUGAUUCGCGCAUGACAAUAGAUGGUAACUAAGUGUAGAGUUAACGGUUUCCGAGUUUUCGUUAUAUUUUAGACACUCUCGCAAAGUAUUAGUAUUAUCUAUCACGACAUAAAAACGCAAUCUCUAGUCAGAAUUGUUAAUUGUAGAUCACGUGUCCCUGUCUCGCUUCUUUUACAUUUUGAAGCCCGCCGAGUCCCGUGAGAGCACCUAACCGUGAGACGGAUGCGAAAAGAUGCAAAAUUAAUUCACGCUUCGGACACGAAUGUUUUAACACUGUAGAUGUAUUUACGACGCGAUUUCAUCUAAACAAGACAAAACGGUUCGCAUCGCUCUCAUUCGCCGGGUCUCCGGUAAAUAUUCAUCGCAGGAGGAUACUCCGCAGAUUAUUAUAGCAUUCUAAUUAGAUCAAGACGAAUCGGGAUCGCGAACGUCCCGAAGAAUAACGCCGUGUAUUUGCAGGAUCGAAUUAACCCCGAACGAACUUCGGUAAAAAUAUUUCAACUGAGGACAUACAUAUAUUUGCAAAUAUUAUUACUCUCGACUGUGUGUUACAUAUGCUUUCUUGAAAAUAGUAAUUUAUUUCUGUAUCAAAUCAAAUAUCAGUUGAAAUACUUAAUUGAUUUUGCAAAUACAUGAUAAGUAUGUUAAGAUAUGUAUUUUAUAAUACGAACCUGAAAUACUUAAUUGAA